CAUACCGUACUUUUAAUGAAUGCACUCUCCUGUACCUUUGCAAAGUAAUUGUGCUUUGUUAUUGAAAAUGCACGAGUAUCGUAUUCAAGGAGGGAUACUGGUUGGUACUGUCCAGUGAAGAAUAGCGACUUGUGUCUGUUGAAGUCCGUGGACAGACACAGUGCUAGUGCAACAGGAUCAUGUCAUCUGAACAAAUUCAGGCCAGCGCGGCGCCGGCCGGUGUCCGCUCCUCUGUGGCGGGCGCCAUGACGGAACGACUCGUUAUCGGACUGCAGGAGAUGAAGAGCAGUGGAGUGCUGUGCGACGUGGUGCUGAAAGGCGCGGAAGAAUCAGCCGUCGGGAUUCCCUGUCAUCGUCUGGUGCUCAGCGCCCAAAGCAGCUACUUUCGCACCAUGUUUGCAUCGGACUGGAAGGAGUCUUCUGAAAAAGUGAUCCAGCUGCGCAAUAUUUUCUGUAACACGCUGCAGAAGUUGGUGGAUUUUGUGUACACUCUGCAAAUCGUUAUCGGCAACGACGACGUGCAGUCACUCCUUGCUGCAGCGAUAUUUUUGGACUUCUCUCCAGUAGUCACGCUGUGCUGGGAUUUCUUAGAGAAGCACAUGGAUGUAUCCAGUUAUCUGCAGGUCUAUUCGUUGGCCAAGAUGCAUAAUAAUCCGCGAUUGGCCGAGAAGGCCAAAAAGUUGGUCGUGCGUCAUUUCGUGCAGAUUGCUCAGAGCAGUGAAUUCUCGCUUGUCGAUGCAGAAACGAUCGUUGAGCUGGCUGCAUCUGAUGACUUGUGCGCUGAAAGCGAGGACGAAGUGUUUGAGGCUGUGAAGCGUUGGUACGAAUACGACCAGACUGGGCGUCAAGCGCAGCUGUCGGAUGUUCUGCAGUACAUCCGUGUGCCAUUUCUUUCUCCCAAGCGUCUGGAAAGCUAUUUUCUGGCUCUUUUCAAUGGCCUUCUUAGCUCUGCCGCUGGAGGUUACCCCUCGCAGUCCACGGCUGUCGAAGAACUGCCCGGUCGGAAGAACGACGCGAUAUUAUCUCGAUGUCGGCCUCGAAAAUCACACGGUUUGCCGAAAGUGGUUGUGUGUGUUGGUGGCUGGAAUGAAGACGACGGCAGAAUGGAUACAGUGCACGUUUUCAGCCCGUCGUUGUCGGCUGUAUGGAAUUUCGAUGCUCCAAAAUUUCCACAGGCAGUUGUCGGCUGUGGCAUGGCGAUGACGGAGAACAACGAAAUUAUCGUUUGUGGCGGAGUAGUAGAAAAUGGUUCACAUGGUACGCAUCGAGUUCGCCAAUUGGACUUGUUUCGGAACGAAUGUACGGAUCUGGCCCGCAUGCACCUUGGUCGUAUUUAUGUUGGUGUAGCCGCUCUUAACGGUCGCAUUUACGCUGUGGGUGGCUGUAGCGGCGCAGCGACGGUUUUGGAUGCCGUGGAAUGUUAUGAUCCAGAGAAAGAUGUUUGGCGAUCUGUGGUUGCUCUACCGCAUCCAUUAGCUGCUUUUGCCAUGGUGGCUACCAAGGACCGGCUGUACGUGUUUGGAGGAGUCGUCCAGAUGGGAGCAGAGCCUGUUAACUCAACCUUUUGUUACGAUCCGGGCGCGGAUGCUUGGAGUAAACUCGCUGAUAUGCCAACUGCACGACGCUUCUGUAGCGCCUGUGUUGGUCCGAAUAACGUGAUUUACGUUAUUGGUGGCCGAGGUUCCGAUGGUGAUUUGCAUUACGUAGAGGCGUAUGAUCCAUCCAGUAAUUGUUGGUCGAAAAAGAGCGACAUGAUUAAAGCGCGUUGGGCAGCAGGAUGUGGGUGUGUGGAUGGCAAGGUCUACGUUCUGGGUGGAUGUUCGGGACCUACUGAUCGCGAUAUCGAGGUAUACGACGAAGAAACGAAUACCUGGAGUCUUCUUCCCUGCCGAUUGCCAAAGGCUAUAGUGGGUUUCGGUUGUGCGGUGAUGACUUUAAAAAAGGAAUCAGCAGUGUUCUCCUGUCGCAGGCGUCCGCCCUUCUAAGAUAUCGGUAAUAUUCAAAAGCCCACACUCCACAAGAAGUACGAGAGAACUGUACUUGGGCGAGAGAGAUGUGUGCAGCUGGUUAUCUGAUUAUUAAUUAGGUUUCAUGAAAUAGGUCAGUGUCUAACUGGCCAGCUGAGCCUGAAUUCUCGUUAACGAUGGACGGGGAAAGAAGGACGCCUCGAGUAGCUGUGGUGGACAUACUGUUUUCCGUAGCGUCUAUCGAGAGUUUUAAUACUUCCGUUUUAAGAUUUAGCACGCAUUUACUUGAAGUCCUAGAGUAAAAAAAAGAGAUAUGAUGGUAUAGUUGUUAAUUCUGGCAGCUUAUGUUUGAAAUUGCCAGCUGUUUUUGGUUCGUUACACUGUGCAGUUGGUCGAUGUUGUACGAUUGUUUGCUUGUACGUGACAUUAGUUAAUAAAUGAGUAAUGG